AUGAAAUCACUGAUCCGCUACUGGAAGAAGAAAUCAUCUCUCACCACGUUUUCUCUGUAUCUUCAAACGGAAAUCGUUUCGUAUUCCACUCAGAUUUCAAUCUUCCCUUCACCAUCAAAUCAAGGGCCUUUUUCUCUCCAGCUUCCGAGACGAGCUUGGUUAUCGGAUUCUGUGAUCUUCAGAGACACUUUUCUGGAAAUGGAAACGCUUAUUGUAGCAGCAGAACAUAGGAAUCAGUAUUACGGGAAGAGAUCUCUAGCUCAUGAUCGAUUUAGGUCAGCUCCUUCAAAGACUUUCAGGCAAAUCAAUUGCAGAACUUUUCAAUCUGGAGUUGGUUUGCUUCCAAGGCCAAAGAGAACAUCUUCAUCACCGUUAACCAAAGGAGCUCUUCCUCAGGCUCAGGCUCAGUCUCAGUCUCCUCGUUCUCCGAAGUCCGUUUUGCCGGUCUUUAACCUUCCAUCGAGUCCUAUUCCAAUUGGUAGCGGCAAGAGCUCUCAGAUCCGUAGGUGUGCUAGUGAGUUUGUUGACAAAAGGAGAAGCCUUUCUUACUCUGAGCUAUGGGCAGGUCCUACUUACUCCAACUCGCCUCCAGCUACCUCUGUGCCGAUUCCUAAGUUUUCCCUCAAGCAGAAGAGGACGAUUUCACUGAGCUUUCCAGCUCCUGAAUCUGGUGAUGAUGAUAUUCGUGGAGUUGCAAAGUCUGCGCCGGUUUCUCCGACUUCAUCUGGUCCUGAUGAUAACCCUUUUCAUUGUACUGUAUCUGCCACUUUGACUCUGCGGCGCAUGCUCAAUCUUGAGACUGCUGAAGAAUGA